CCCUGAUAAGGGAUGGUAUUGUCUAAGGGAGGGGACCCUUCCAAUUUCUCUGCUGCCUGCCCUCCCUUUCCCUUGAUGUCUGGCAGCGUAUAGGAGUACUAGUGUGAGACUGGCUCCUGUUAAAAGAGAACCCCACUGGGAAAACAGCUCAGAGCAUCUACAAGAGGUCUUAAUGCAAUAAUGAUGAUGUUUGACCCAGUUCCAAUCAAGCAAGAGGCCUUGGAGCCUGUAUCUAUGUCGUAUCAACCCAGCUACAUAGACGCAAACAAAUACAGAUUCAUUUAUCACCCGCCAAGCAUGCUGCACAGUAAAUUUUACCAUAGCCCAGAAGCACUGUCUGGAUUUCAAAUGGAGCCUGUUGAUCUCACUACAAACAAAAGGAACUCUCCUUCUUCAGAUGGAAGCUCACCGUCUCCUAUCAAAUACCAGUCUCCAAAGAGAAGAGGCUCCCCAAGCUUGUACAUGCCUUCGCCCAGUCCACCCAUGAAAAAGUUAACCCCGUCACCACCUGCUGUGCCUCCAUUCACAAUGCCAUUGCCAUUGACAAUUAACCCAAUACUACCUGCCUUUCCACAAAAUGGGUAUAGGAACCCUGGACUUUUACCUCUCCUACAACCAGUGGUGGUACAACCUGUCCCCUUCAUGUACUCUCCACAUCUUCAGCAACAAAUCAUGGUAUCUACUGUUCUAUCAGAUGAGCUGGAGAAUCCAAGCAAUAAACACAUGCCUGUAACAGAGUCCUAUGAAAAAUCACCACUCAUAAGAACAAUAAAAGUUGAACCAGGGUUGGAACAAAAAGGGAUGGAUAUCUAUCCAGAACCAAUGUCACCCGGUGUCAGUACGACUCCCAAGGGAGUGUUUCAUGAAAAUCACCCCUCUGUCAUCGUACAUCCAGGGAAGAGGCCUUUACCAGUGGAAUCGCCUGAAACACAAAGGAAAAGAAGAAUUCACAGAUGUGAUUACGAUGGCUGCAACAAAGUUUACACCAAAAGUUCACAUUUAAAAGCACACAGAAGGACACACACAGGGGAAAAGCCUUAUCAGUGUACUUGGGAAGGAUGCACCUGGAAGUUUGCCCGUUCUGACGAACUGACUCGGCAUUUCCGUAAACACACUGGAAUUAAGCCAUUUCAGUGCCCGGACUGUGACCGUAGCUUUUCUCGCUCGGACCACCUCGCUCUUCACAGAAAGAGACACAUGCUUGUGUAAAUUGUCUUAUUGUCUUUUGUACAAAAAAAAAAAAAAGGAUAUCAGCUGGUCUGAAAUCCUAACUCAUAAAAUUGUACAUGGUCAGUAUGUGAUGUUCUGUAAAAAUCCUUUAUAGUUAUCACGGGUCAGACCUCCGAAUGUGAACAAUUCCUAACAGAGGCCUCGCAGUACUUUUCCUGCACGUAGCACACCUCAGGAAAUCAAAGGACAGUCGUACUGCUUCAUGUGUACUUGCAAGCCAUAUAUAUCUGUACUAAAUAACUUAUAAAUGUAUUUAAUUAUCAACACAAUACCUAGCCUGCUUCAUCUUGCCACUUUCCUCACUUUUGUUAGCUCUAAGGAAUUAUUAUUUUGUGCCCACAAUUAAAGAGAUACAUUUCUUAAAGAA